UUAAAAACCAGGGGAAAAAAACCCAUAAAGAAAUCGUUUCUCCUUCGGUGACGCAGAACUACCGAUUCACAAGCUGAUUUUGAUUUUGGUUCCUUCAUGGAGGGAUGACUCCGGUCUGUCCGUUCGUGAAAGCGUCGCGCCCGGAUGACGCUGGCUCGCCGAGAAAAUCCGGCGACACUGGAAAGAUUUUGGAGGUGAAGAAAGAGGCAACCGUUGCGGCCAAGUGUCCGUUCGGUUAUGAUGCUCAGACAUUCAAGCUAGGUCCGCUCAGUUGCAUGAUUUGUCAGGCUCUUCUCUUCGAAACUACCAAAUGCGUGCCAUGUUCUCAUGUCUAUUGCAGAGCAUGUGUAUCGAGAUUCAAACAAUGUCCAUUAUGUGGAGCUGAUAUUGAAGGGACUGAAGCUGAUACUCAUCUUCAGAGUGUUGUUGAUCGCUUUAUUGAAGGUCAUGCUAGAAUCAAGAGGUCUCAUAUUGAUGCAGAAAAUGGGGAGGAAGCUGUUGAGGAGAACAAGAAAGUUAUAUACGAGGAUGUUUCUAUGGAGAGAGGUGCUUUCUUAGUGCAACAGGCCAUGAGGGCAUUUCGUGCCCAGAAUUUGGGCAGUGCCAAAUCAAGACUCUCUCUCUGUGCUGAGGACAUCCGAGGUCAGAUAGAAAGAAUGGGCAAUGUAUCAGAGUUGUGUUCACAGCUUGGAGCAGUUCUUGGUAUGCUGGGUGACUGCUGUCGUUCGAUGGGAGAUGCUGGUUCUGCAAUCACUUAUUUUGAUGAGAGUGUUGAAUUCCUUUCAAAAUUGCCAAUGGAUGACUCAGAGAUCACACAUACACUUUCAGUUUCUCUCAAUAAAGUGGGUGAUCUCAAAUAUUAUGAGGAAGACCUGGAAGCUGCUAGAUCCUAUUAUUUUCGAUCUUUGAAUGUUCGACGGGAGGCCAUGGAACAUCAUCCGAAUGUUCCGUCACAGUGUAUAGAUGUGGCCACUUCCCUGGCAAAAGUUGCAGACGUUGACAGGAAUCUUGGUAAUGAGGAUGCGGCAAUUGAUGGAUUCCGAGAGGCAAUUAAGUUGUUGAAAGCUUUGAAACUAAAACCUGAAGAAGCCGCUCUUGAGGAUCGGCGUCUUUCAGUGCUGGAAUUCCUUAACAAUCAACUUGCAGAGGGAACAACCUGAUUCAUCUCUUCAUUGACAAGUCUCCUUUUAUAGUGAUGUAUCGUUAAGGGAAAAUAAAACAACUUUGCUUUGUAUAUAUCUGAUCUCAGCUUUCUCCCUUUA